AUGGAUUUGGAGGCCGACAGUGUUCCUCGACUCCAUUCGUUCGCUUGGCACCUUGGGAUCCGACCAGAGCCUGUCGAACCAGACAUUAAUUUACUUCAGCACCUGACCUGGCCAGAGAUGCAGAAGCUGGCCGCGGUUUACUUCAAAGUGAUCAAGCCCGAACUCGGGCUUCCAGAGGAGGCUGAUUUCAUGGAGCAAGUUGCUCUCCGAUUCAAGGAUCCCUCGGGCUACCAUGAUGUUGAUGCUGUAGCACUCGGGAUAGCGGCCCUUGGAUCCUUCUUCUCGUCCGAACCACAUCCAAGAGAAGAUCAAUUCGUCUACAGUGCCAAAAGACAACUCGUUCUGAAAAGCGUCCACCACUCACCAAAUCCGAGCCAUGUCGCUGGCUGGACGUUGCGUACAUUCUAUCUACGCCUGACAGGCAGACCACACGGAGCUUGGAUGGCCAGUUGUAUUAGCAUGCACUUGGUCGAAGCCAGUGGCUUACACAAAGAGAUGCAAACGAUCGCGGUGGUUUAUCCUGCUGUGCCCACUGGCGACCAUAAAUUAGCAAAGACCCGACGGAGACUCUUUUGGAUCGCACGUGCUCUAAAUAUCAUACUUUCCUUCGAGGUCGGCCGAACACAAGUCUAUUUCGACGUGGUGACCACCAAGAAGUUCGCUUCUGAGAACGGUGGUCACGCUCAUCAACUCGUCGAAUUAGCCGAGAUGUUGCCAAAUGAUUUCGUGGAUAGGGACCGCGAGCCAGAUCCGCCGGCCGCACUUGGGAAUGCCCUUUCGAAGAUAGAGGCGAUGCCAACAGAGUCCCACUUCAUUUCUAUGCUGAAGGCUGACUUGGCGUUUGCGAUCUAUCGAAGACUGUGGCUGAUGAGCCUCACCGAUGCAAAAGACCGGUCUGAUACUGUUAUGGCUAUAGGCCGCUCGGCUUUCUUGGCGGCAAGACAUCUGCUUGACAAGAGGCUUCCAUGGUGGAAUGUUGUGUGCACGCCCUUCCAUUUCCUUUGCGUUAUCAUUGCCAUCGGAACGCCAAAAGCUCUGGCUACCAUCCAAGAAGUCAUGGCGUUGAUGCAUGAUAUCGUACAGGUUUACGACACGCACUUGGUGCGGGAGGCAUAUUCACAAGCGUCGGCGCUAGUAAGCAUGGCACGGAAACGCAAGCAGAAGGAGUUGGACGCUCUCAUGACCGUGCCGGAACAUGUACCUUUGGUUGACCAUCCCUCCGCAUCAGCCAGCACCACCAUGACCCCCGGGGUGCCUGUUGAUUGGCUCAAUGCCACUGAUCUGCCCUUCGAGUGGGACAUGUUCCUGAAUCCAGAGCUUGUGGUGAGCAAUCAGCAAGGACAGUCCAUCAUAGGUCCAAACGGACUGCCCCAAAUGGUCAGCAUGCCGAAUCCAAUGCCGAAUCUACCGCGUUGA